GCAUAGUGGUCGCGUCCCAAGCGCUCUGUGAGUUUUGUUAAGACGCGACAUCGGAAUUACGAAACAAAUAUUGUUCAGAGAUGUUAGUUGUGUGUCCAGAAAUGCAACGAACUCUACUGUGUUAUAUUAUCAGUUGAUAAGUUUAAAAUCGAAUGAUCCCCAUGCGGAGGCUGCAGUAUCAUGGCGGGAAGGUUGCGGUGAGCCUCGCCAUGCUCGUCGCGCUGCUGAGUGAACCGAGCGGCGCGCCGAGCCCGAGCGUACGGCCGAACGCCGAGCCGAGCGCGUGCGCGACGAACGCGAUGUGUGUGUGUCGCGACAGGCAUUUCUCUUGCGAUCUUGUGCCUUUCUACAGGUUCCCGGACAUCGCAGGCAGUAACGUGUCGCACGUGUCGCUGUGGUCGGCUCGGCUCGGCACGCUCACCGAGCCGGCGCUCGACGCGCGCGCGCUCUCCACGCUCGUGCUCGUCGCCUCCGCGCUGCACCACAUCGACUCCAACGCUUUCACAUCCAUGGUGUCAACCCUGGCUUCGCUCGACCUGGGCUACAACGAGUUCACAGAGAUACCGCUGAAAGCACUCGGCCAACUCCGAGUCUUGAACUGGCUCAAUUUACAAAACAACUUGAUAAGUGACCUAGACUCGGAUCUGGACUGGGGAGGGUUAUCAGAUUCCCUUAGCAGUUUGUCUCUUAGCAAUAAUCAUAUCAGCACUAUUGGUGGAGGCUCACUCUCGUCUCUGCGGCAACUGGUUCAACUGGAGCUGGAUGGCAACCGGCUGCGGACUAUUGCUGCAGCAGCGUUGCCCUCGGCCAUUGCGUUACUGAGACUCUCCGAUAACUUGCUACAUUACAUUCCUUGCUCAGCACUCGCCCUUCUACCACGACUUACGCACCUCAAUCUACGUAAUAACCUUUUGGGUCCCGACACCUGCUAUAUAAGACAUAACAAGAUUGACUCUUUGGACGUGAGCAACAAUAACCUCGACAACAACUUUAACAUUGAUAUUGAGCAGCUUCCUCUUAAACACUUAGUCUUAGACCUGAACUACUUUACAACUAUCCCAAGUUUUGUAUGGACACUUCCUCAUCUUGAAAAAUUAUCUGUAUCUUAUAAUAAAUUAAGCGAAUUUUUAAAUGGUACUAUUGUGGGUAUACAAAACAGCUUAGAAAGAUUGGAGCUGGAUCAUAAUGAGUUAAUAGAGAUUCCAUCCAGUAUUUUGGAACUAAGAAAACUAAGAUAUUUAUCUCUAGCAUACAAUAGGUUAGAAGAUGUGGAGUAUUUGCCAAGUAAUCUUCACUCACUGCUUCUUGGAGGGAACUUUUUAUCUAACUUUCCAAGUGCCCUUCAAAAUUUGUCCUCUGAUACUUUGGUCUAUUUAGAUUUAAGUUACAACCUUAUCUAUGAGGUCUCUGCUGACAUGUUCGGCCUCUGGUCCCGCUCGUUAAGUACACUUAACUUACGUGGUAAUCAAAUAGCUCAAUUGGCCUCUAGCUGCUUUCCCUUUCUUCCCAUUACAGAAUUAGUACUGAGUUUCAAUAACUUGUCUGAUAUAGAACAAGAUACAUUUGCAAACCUUACUGAGCUGUCUGUUUUAGAACUUUCAUCAAUAUCUUUCAGCAGCUCAGAAAUUCUAAGACUUCCGCUGACUCUCAAGUGGUUGAACGUAGACAAUAAUGAUUUUAAUGAAUAUUUUACUUUAAACUCACAAAGGUAUCCUUUAUUAGAAUACUUAAAUUUAGAUUUCAAUGAAAUAUCAGAAAUUCCAGGUACAGCUACUCCAUGGACAAGGUUCCCUAAACUAAAAGAAUUACGAUUGUCCUAUAACAAUCUGAGCGAGAUUGAGUCUGAAUCAAUUGCUCAUUUCACAGAGUUGCAAAGUGUUGAUCUGUCAUAUAAUAUCAUUCGUAAUGUCAACGAAGCAAGUUUUUUUAAUUUAUCAAGCUUAGAAUAUCUUAAUUUGGUAGGUAAUGUAAUGGAACGCAUUGCUGACGGAGCUUUUAUGAAUAUACCUAAGCUUGAAGUUUUGAAUAUACAAAAUAAUUAUUUGAGUGAAUUCUCAACACGCUGCCUCGUAAACUGCAGUAAGCACGUCUUAUUGUCUGUGAACGCUAGUAGUAACCAUAUUGUAUCUCUGUUCGGUGGUGAUAAAGUCGAUAUACAUAUCAUAGAUCUAUCAUAUAACUUUUUAGAGAGUUUAUCAAGACAGUUCUUUGAGUCUGCAGUAUCUAUUAAACAGAUAUACCUUUCUCACAAUCAGCUCGUUCAAAUAGACAACAACGCAUUUGGUUCACUGCAUAACUUACUUAUAUUAAACAUGCAAUACAAUAAUAUAAGUAUUAUAAGAAGGCGUGUUUUCGCUGAUAUGAUAUCUCUGCAGUUGUUGGAUGUAUCACACAACAGCAUAUCACAAUUGGCAGUGGACCAGUUUAGCAAUUUGCGUAGAUUACGACAGUUGAAUUUGGCCAAUAACAGGCUGAAGGGCUUCCCGCGUGAUAUUUUUAAGAAUACAAUGUUAGAGUACUUAGAUGUCAGUAAUAAUCAAUUGCGUCUAUUUCCAAGCAGCGCUCUCUCACAGAUUGGGUUCACGCUGCGACGCCUUGAACUUGCUGGUAAUUAUAUCGAAUAUUUGGAUGUGGCCAUGUUUCACUCAACGACAUUUCUACACGAGCUGAAUCUCGCCCACAAUUCACUAACGGUACUAUCAGAUAACACGUUUGCUGGGCUAUCAAAGCUAUAUCACUUGGAUCUCUCACAUAAUGCAAUCAAAGCCAAUUUUAAGGAGCUUUUUCACUAUGUACCGCGACUUCGUCGGCUAUCGCUGGCCGGCAUCUCAUUGAGAAACAUACCGCAUCUUUUGCUCACAAAUCUUACCGAAUUAAACUUGUAUGGAAAUCUCAUAUCCUUCUACACCGAUCUCGAAGUUCGGCAUCUGAUAAAUCUUCGAGCAUUAGACCUCGCAUUCAAUAAGUUCACAUCGCUGAGACCUGCAAUGUGGGCUGGCCUGCCACGGUUGAUUUCUUUGGAUGUAUCACGAAACCCUUUGAUUAAAAUACCUAUGAGCUCAUUUGAAGGUCUAACACAUCUGGUAAAUCUCCGACUGAACAGUUUACGGCUAUUAGAGACUAUCGAGCCGAAGGCGUUCCGGUCUUUAGUGUCUUUACGAUCACUGGCUCUUGAAUCUGCAGUUGGAUUGGGACGCAAGCUUCCCGUCGCUGAAAUAGUAUCAGCUAUUGAACAGUUGGAGCUAUUGAAUCUUUUGAUACAUGAGGAUGCCUUGGAGAAGCAGUUAGUUGGCAUGUUGGCACCGAAGCUGCGGUCAUUGGAUAUUCAUGGGGUGGUGUUGCGGCGUGUAUCGGCGCAGGCGCUGUCAUCACUGGGCGAACAGAGAGCUCUUCUGCUGCGACUGCGUGGCACUUCAGUGACGUCACUUCCCGCCGGGUUGCUGGCUCCGCUUAUAGGAGUGCCACAUCUCAGCCUCGACCUCAGUGAUAACCAGCUGGUCACCUUCUCAUCAGACAUCCUCUAUCUAAAUCAUUCCGAAUGGGGUCAUCUCGCCACGAAACUAGUUCCAGGUGGAUUGACGCUGUCGGGUAAUCCCCUGGAGUGUGGGUGUGGGAGCGCGUGGGUGGGCAACUGGCUUCGGCGGUGGAGUACUGAGGUCGGCGGAGGGUCUCGUGUCGCGCGGGAAGCCGCCGCCUCCACCGCGUGCACACUGGCCGAGCGACGCGUACCUGUCAUGUCGCACGCCGCGUGCCACGAGAGCGCCAUCUCCCGCGGCCACCCGUCCCGACACUCAUCGGCCGUUGUCACGCACGCGGCUCUAGCUCUUAUGACGUCAUCUCUUCUAUCACUCAGAUAGAACUAACAGGAUCAAAGAGAAUUUAACCACUACGUUCAAGAGACGGGAGUGCCGUAGAAAGUGAUGAGAAAUGUCACUUGUAUGAAGCGCGUACUAUAUCUUGAUACCAACAUAAUGACCAAUGACGUAAUAGCAGAGCUGCCAAUAAAGUAAACCAAUAUAAGGGUUAGAAUCGAUCAAAUAUGUAUAUUCUUAUAUCAACAGUUACAUUAAUACAAAUGUGGUAAAUUUUUAAGGGUUAGGGUUUCCUUUGUUAUUUUUAAGAUAGACCUAAGCCAAGUUUAAAUAGUUUAUGCUAGUUUUAGUUAUCUCAAAGAAGAAACAAUUUACUUAUAUAACUAAUAUUUGUUUAAUAGUUUUAUAUAAAACUUAACUUUCAAACUUAUGUCCAAUGACUGCACAUUUCAUAUUAAACGUAAUUUUAAUUUUGAUAGUCCCUCCUAUUAAUACGUAGUAUUUACAUCCUCUUUGGAUAGCGUUUGCCACCAUAGAUUGUAGUACGCGUUUCAUAUAGCAUAGUUGCGCCAGGCUGUAAACAUUUUUUUAUUAAUGUCAAGCUUUUAAACACGGAAUAGGUACCAAAGCCUGUAAGUGUAAUACGGGCGUAACAGAUUAGAAUGUGAGUUCUAUGAGAGAGUACUAGUCGGAUAAUAAAUAAUUUUGUGAGAUAGACAUUGUUUGCCUUAGUUCUAUCGUUUGACCGCGGCUAAUGCUCCUUCGUGUACAUUUAUUAGUCUAUGACUUACGUCAAAGUUCCCUCCUUAUCGUCAUGGUUAUAAUAAAUACAUAGGCUUAGAAUAAUGCGUGAUCAUUUUUGAAGUUAUACUUCUUUAAGCGUAUUAUGAGAAAAAAUGACGAGAGUUAAAUUUUAAGAUGUAACACAAAAGAUGAAACAUGAAGUUGGUUCCUAAAAUUUUUGACGUUUGCGCCAUUCGUUAUUUAUUUUGGUUUCUUCGUUCAUUAUUAGGACAGGCAAAGGAUAAAAGCCUAUACAGCCGUAUUCGUUAUUAAUAAUUAAUUGUCAAAGCCAUGUUUGCAAGAUUUUGACAAAAUUGUUCUUUCUUAAAACGUAGUCCGUAGGCCUUUGUUAGGCCAAAGAAGUAUAAUUUUUUGCGUGCAUACAUAAGUACACAUACAUUUUUUUUAUUUGUCAAUGUGUGAAUUAGCUAGUCGUUAGAUAGUUUAAAUUCAUAAUACUGAAGAUCUGAUUCCUAGCGACUGUUUACGUCUUGUCAAUCAAACUCGGUUAAAGUAUCAAUUAAAUUAUUAAAAGUCUAUUGUAAAAUGUUAUGAAUUUCUACAAGUACGUAUCUGUAAUAUGAUAUACACGUAGCUAGAUUCAACUAAAAAGUACCUUUGUAUAUAUUAUAAUAUAGUCUAGUGAAUAUAGUUUUCAGAACUGAAUAUAGGUUAUAAUUCUUUUAAUUUAAGAUGGUAUAUUAUAAUUAAAUCUAAAUACGAGCAUAGUGUUAAAGUACUUAACCAUGAAUUUUUUUAAUAAUUAAUUUUGAUGCUUAAUAUUUAAAUGUAAAGCGUCGUACAUACUAGUAAAUGUAAUGAUAUAUGUACCUAUGUACUUAGAACAUUUAUUUGACACUCUUACAUUGAAGGAAAAUAUCUUGAAGAAACGAAUGGUAAAGUUGACAAACCGACAUCGGCCAGCAUGGUUCACUUAUAAAAAACUACUGACGCAAAAGGGCUUCAUCCCAAGGGCAGUAAAAGAAGUUAAAAAAAAAGACGUGUGGCACUCGGGGACUGCCGCGGUAAAGCUAUUGCAUAGCAUUUUUUAUCAACUUAUGCAAUUAUAAUUAUUUAUUUAUUUUAUUUAUUCAGUAUUUUUUUUGAUAAUAUUAAUUAAAAAAAAGCAAACGGGAAGUGGGUAAAAUUUUACUUGCAAGAUUUGAUUACAGACAGACAACGGGACUAGUGAAACUAAAUAAAAAUGCUUGUCAUAAUAAUAAAAAUUAAAAAAACGUGAUAAAAAAUAAAGAUAUUAAAAAAAUCAAGACGUAACCCCAGGCUCGAACCUGGGACCUUCUGCACAAAAAGCAUACGUGAUAACCGCUGUUCCACGGCAACUGUCAUGACUGAAUGAUGAUGUUAGGUUAUAUUCGUUACGGAAUUUCUGGAUUCGGUCUCCACGCUCAAGGCCCGCGAUAGAAGCUAUGCAAUAGCUUGAAAUAGAAAUAUGGUAAUGGAAUUCGAAUUUGUGCGUGACGUUGGCAAGAAUGAAGUAUCAGCUGGAUAUGCCAUGCGCGUACAACCGAAAGGGACAGACAAGCCUUAAUACCCACAUUAAAAAACAGUAGAACGUGGUGGACAAGCUUGGCCUCUAUUCCGAGGACGAUAAUAAGAGCUUACUACUGAUCUGGUUGAAUAAUAUACUGAUUAUUGUGAUAAGAAUAUUUUUACAUAUCAUUUCAAAUUAUGCUACUGUUCAUAUUCUAUAAAUCGAGCAAGGAUUAUUUUAAAUAAAAUCGUACGAAAGGUCAUGUUGUCUGAUGUUCAGUUUUUAACAGCCUUUUUAUUCCUACCAGAUUUUGUAUGUUCCUUUCUCGUUCAAGUAAAUACUUCAGCCGAGGAUGUGGGCAUUUGAUUAUGUAUAAUAUUGCUCUGCUUGCUUUAAUGCCCUUGUUUCAAGCCUUUUCGAGUCUUCUGUCGCAUCUCACAUAGGUCUAGCAUUUUGAGCCCCACGGCGUAGUGGAAUUAUAAGAGUUUAAUGAGAAAAAUUGCAUUUUGGACAAUUUUUAAGCAUUAUAGCGAUUAGGUGCUGUGUAGCAAUAUUGUUAUUUUAAUUAACCUUCUUCAUAACCUGAAAUCAGUAUAGAAUAUUUAUAGAAAAAGUAAUUAUUUAUGAAAUAUUUGAAGAACGAUUGAGUAAAUAAAUAUAUUUUUGUAAUUC